AUGCGAGAAUUUUCAGAGUGGAUACUAAGCGUAAGAGACGGAAAGGCUGGAGGUCCUAAUGAUGGCGAAGCCAUAAUUGAGGUUGCAAAAGAAAUUCUUAUAGAUCCAGAUGUCGAUCGAAUUUCAUCAAUUGUUGAUAGCACUUAUCCAAACCUACAUGACCAUAUUUGGGAAGCUAAAUAUUUCCAAGAAAGAGCAAUUUUGGCGCCAACGAAUGAGAUAGUGGAGAUAGUCAAUGAUCAUGUUCUAUUCACCAUUCACAAACAAGAGAAAGUGUAUUUGAGUUCGGACGCUAUAAGCAAAGAAGAGGGUAACUUUGGAGUACAUGAAAUAUACUCCACUGAAUUCCUCAAUACAAUAAGAUGCUACGGUCUCCCAAAUCAUAGCAUACGAUUAAAGGUUGGUGCGCCAGUUAUGCUUAUAAGAAAUAUUGAUCAAACAUCCGAAUUAUGUAAUGGCACGAGGUUAGUCAUCAAACAUUUAGGCAAUCACGUUAUUGAAGCUACUGUUAUUUCUGGAAGUAAUGUCGGAGAAAAGGUAUUUAUAGCAAGGAUGACACUCACUCCGUCUGACUCGACGAAAUUUCUUAUAAGAUUUCAGAGACGACGUCAGUUUCCUUUAAUGGUUUGUUUUGCUAUGACUAUAAAUAAAAGUCAAGGACAAUCUUUGUCUCAUGUAGGCCUGUAUCUCCCAAGACCUGUUUUCAGCCAUGGUCAAUUUUAUGUUGCCGUGUCC